AUGCACAACUUCCUGGCGGAUCAAAUAUUUUCUGACAAUGAUGCCUUUUUCGCAUGGACAUUUGUAAAGCGACACCCACUUUGGCAAACACUUCUCUCAUUUUUCUGGCCUGUGUUGACUCUUGCAAUUUGCUUGUUUCCUGUAUAUCCACAUAAGUGCAAACUACUGAUUCUGUAUUCAUGUGCUGGGGUCCUACUACUGAUACUCUCACUACUUCUAUUGAGAGCAACAAUAUUUGGUGCUAUAUGGAUUGUUCUUGGAAAGCGUGUUUGGUUUUUCCCUAACAUUCUUGCGGAGGAAGCAACUUUGCGAGAACUAUUCCGUUUCUGGCCUAAGAAAGAUGAGGAGGAGCGACCAAAGUGGACAGCAAGGCUUUUCUAUGCAAUAGUAGCUGUAUUGGUCAUAUUGUUGCUUAGGCAUCAUGCUCCUGAUGAGGCUGCCAGAGCCAGGUACCAAAAAAGGAUGUCCAACAUAAUCGAUGAUGUUCUGGAGUGGUCUCCCCGACUGGCUCUGUCUGGGAUGAUGGAGAAACAGCAAACCGUUGUUAAUGCAACAGAUUCUCCCAAGAACUUUUCAGAUGGGAGCACAGAAAGUCCAGAGAAGGUUGUUCCCCCUGAUGUUGCAGAAGCAGAAACCUUCCCAGAGCAUCACGAGAGUGAAGAGGAAAUUGGGAGUGUAGAUGGCGAAGCUCAGCAACAACAUAAUGACCAUAUAUGAUAAAAUUAUCAUGCUAGGCCUGGAGUAUAAAUCACUCUUUAUUUUUGGUCUUGAGUUUGAGUGUACAACUAUCAGACUAACAAUAAAGUAGUUGGUCCUUUUUUUUUUCCCAGUCUUAUAGAUAUGUGCAAAAUAGAGGACAGUGCUAAUUUCAAAGAGGUUAAAUUAUUGUUUUUUUUUUAUUUCCCGAAGAUAGAGGUUUGUUCUUGUUUAUAUACGUUUUCUCAAUGGAAGUGAUGAUUAGAUAA